AUGGCCAAUGACAAUGACCAGCCGCAGCAGCUGGAAGUUCUUUCCAUGCUUGAUGCCGCGAAAACACAAUUCUACCACUUCAGGGCAGUGGUCAUCUCCGGCAUGGGAUUCUUCACCGAUUCCUACGACCUUUUCUGCAUCUCCCUCGUCACCAAACUCCUCGGCCGCAUCUACUACACCCUUCCGGGGUCCUCUAAACCCGGCAGCCUCCCUCCUAACUUGGCUGCUGCCGUCAAUGGAGUAGCUCUCUGCGGCACCCUCGCUGGCCAACUCUUCUUCGGGUGGCUUGGUGACAAGCUCGGCCGCAAACGCGUCUAUGGCAUAACCCUAAUGCUUAUGGUGGGCUGCUCUAUCUGCUCUGGACUCUCCUUCGGAAGCACCCCCAACUCCGUCAUGGCCACCCUCUGCUUCUUCCGAUUCUGGCUCGGCUUCGGCAUCGGCGGUGACUACCCGCUCUCUGCUACCAUCAUGGCAGAGUAUUCCAACAAGAAAACCCGUGGUGCAUUUAUUGCCGCCGUCUUUGCCAUGCAAGGGUUUGGGAUUUUGGCUGGAGGAAUGGUGGCGAUCGUAGUAUCAGCUAUCUUCCGCGAGCUUUAUCCGGCGCAACCCUACGCUGAGAACCACAUCGAAUCCAUCCCUUCUCAGGUCGACUACGUAUGGAGGAUUAUUCUCAUGUUCGGUGCUCUUCCGGCGGGCCUUACUUAUUACUGGAGAAGACAAAUGCCGGAGACCCCUCGCUAUACUGCCUUGGUGGCCAAGGAUGGAACCAAAGCUUGUGAAGACAUGUCCAAAGUUUUAAACGUCGAAAUCAAGGAGGAGCAGAUAGUAGUGCAGAGCAAGGCGAAGUCUUUUGGUCUGUUUUCCAAGGAGUUCAUGAGGCGACAUGGAAUGCACUUACUGGGAACAUCGGCUUGUUGGUUCUUACUAGACAUUGCUUACUACAGCCAAAAUCUGUUCCAGAAGGAUAUUUUCAGCGCCGUGGGAUGGCUGCCCGCUGCAAAGUCGAUGAGUGCCCUUGAUGAGCUUUUCAAGAUUGCUAGGGCACAAACCCUAAUUGCUCUUUGUGGUACUGUUCCCGGCUAUUGGUUCACUGUGGCUUUGAUCGAUCGCAAGCACUUUGGACGGUUCCGUAUUCAGCUGAUUGGGUUCUUUUUCAUGACUGUAUUCAUGUUUGUUUUGGGAAUUGGGUACCACCAUUGGAGUAUGCCGGCUAACAAUAUUGGGUUUAUAGCGCUUUAUGCACUGACAUUUUUCUUCGCCAAUUUCGGACCUAACAGCACCACAUUUGUGGUGCCGGCUGAGAUUUUUCCAGCAAGGUUUCGGUCCACUUGUCACGGAAUUUCGGCGGCUUUCGGCAAGGCGGGUGCAAUUGUCGGGGCUUUUGGGUUCUUGUAUGCGUCGCAGAAUCAAGACAAGGCUAAGGCUGAUGCAGGGUUCCCGGCUGGAAUUGGGAUGAAGAAUUCUCUGUUAGUACUUGCAGUGAUCAAUACCAUAGGGUUAUUGUUUACGUUCUUGGUUCCUGAAUCUAAGGGGAAAUCCCUCGAGGAGAUGUCAAGGGAGAAUGAAGAACAAAGAGGUGAUCUUGAGAACCAAGUAGAGGCUAAUGUUUAG